CUUCGUGUCGCGCGUACCUUCUUGCCACCCACUAAGCGUACCCGAUUCCGUCUCCCUCUUUUAUUACUCUUUCUUCCUCUUCCUUCUUCAUUUUACUCUGUUUUCCUCUGCUCCAAUGGGCGCAAUCAAACUCCAAAUUCUCCUUCUCUCUUUCCCCCUUCUUCUCUUCUCUUCCAUUUCCUCCCUCGAUUUCCUCUUCAAUGGAUUCAAUUCAACCAACAUCUCCCUCUACGGCAACGCUACCAUCGAUUCCUCAUUCAUCGCUCUCACCAACCAAACCGGUUUCUCCAUCGGCCGUGCUCUCUUCCCUUCCAAAAUUCCCACUAAAUCCCCCAAUUCCCCUUCCCUUCUCCCUUUCUCCACUUCCUUCAUCUUCGCUAUGGCUCCUUACAGGGACGUCCUUCCUGGGCAUGGCUUAGUUUUCAUAUGCGUUCCGACUACCGGAAUCGACGGAACUGCUGCUGCUCAGAAUUUGGGGUUUCUUAACUUCACCCUUAAUGGAAACCCUAAUAACCAUGUCUUUGGAGUUGAGUUCGAUGUUUUUGAGAAUGAGGAAUUCAACGAUCCCGAUGAUAAUCAUGUUGGAAUCAACUUGAAUUCCUUGACGUCUUUUGUCACCGAAGAAGCUGGGUUUUGGUCUGACGGUGGUUCGAGUGCGGCAGAUUCGCUCAACAGAGUUAGGCUUAAUAGCGGCGAAAAUUAUCAGGUUUGGAUUGACUAUUCCGAUUUCGUGAUGAAUGUUACGAUGGCUCCGGCGGGGAUGAAGAAGCCGCGAAGGCCGUUGAUUAAUACGUCUCUGAAUCUCUCUGGAAUUUUCAUGGAUGAAAUGUAUAUGGGAUUCACGAGUUCAACAGGGCAGUUGGUUCAAGGUCAUAACAUUUUAGCUUGGAGUUUCAGUAACACUAAUUUUUCAUUGAGUGAGAGUUUGAUCACCACUGGAUUACCCUCCUUCGUCCUCCCAAAAGACCCAAUUACCAAAUCGAAGUGGUUCAUCGCCGGAGUGACAGCCGGCGGAUUCCUCGUCGUUUGUUUCUUCGCCACGAUUUUAGGGAUUUUGAUCGCCGACCACCGGAGAAAAGCGAGGUUAAGAGCCGAAAUGGAAGAUUGGGAAUUAGAGUAUUGGCCACACCGACUGACAUAUCAAGAAAUCGAAUCGGCAACGAAAGGAUUUGCAGAAGAAAACGUGAUAGGAAUCGGAGGGAAUGGGAAAGUAUAUAAAGGGAUUUUGGCUGGAGGAAGUUCAGAAGUUGCCGUGAAACGAAUCUCUCACGACAACGACGGGAUGCGUGAAUUCUUAGCUGAAAUCUCAAGCAUCGGAAGAUUAAAACACAGAAAUCUUGUAAGUUUGAAGGGUUGGUGUAAAAAAGAGAAGGGAAAUUUCUUACUGGUUUACGAUUUCAUGGAAAAUGGAAGCUUAGACAAAUGGGUUUUUGAUUGUGAUGAGAGAAACAUGUUGAGUUGCGAGGAUCGAAUCAGAGUAUUGAAGAACGUAGCCACAGGGGUUUUGUAUUUACACGAAGGAUGGGAAUCAAAGGUUCUUCAUAGAGACAUAAAAGCCAGCAAUGUGUUGUUAGACAAGGACAUGAAUGGAAGGCUAGGAGAUUUCGGGUUAGCUCGAGUCCACGGUCACGGUCAAGUUGCAAGCACAACUAGAGUCGUAGGCACAAUGGGUUACAUAGCACCUGAGUUGAUUCGAACGGGACGAGCCUCGACUCAAUCAGACAUCUUUGGUUUUGGUGUUUUGAUUUUAGAAGUGAUGUGUGGGAGGAGGCCAAUAGAGGAAGGGAAGCCGCCAUUGGUGGAUUGGGUUCGGCGGUUGGCCGUUGAAGGGGAGAUUACGGCAGCGCUUGACGACAGGCUAAGGAAGAAGGGUGGGUGGAACGAGGAGGAAGUGGAGAGAGUAUUGCAUUUGGGAUUGGUUUGUGCACAUGUUGACCCGACCACUCGGCCGACGAUGAGGCAAAUUGUGAAGGUUUUUGAAGGGAAGAUCGAGAUGGAUGAGAGUGAGAGUGAGAGUAUGAAUGCUUAUUUGCUUCAAAGAUUGAAGUCAGAAGGAAUGAUGUGUGAUUCAGGUGUUGGUUUUGGCAAAAAAUUGCAUCCAACAUUUGAGGAUUUUCUUCAAUCUUAUUCAACUUCACUCUCUUGGUCCAAUUCUUCUAUCACCGGCAGGUGACAUAUUGAAAAGAUUCAACUUUGAAUUCUUUUUAACAAAUACAAAGUUAUAGAUUCUUGACAAUUGUUGUGAAUUGUGAUUUAUAAUAUAUUGUAUAUAAAAAGAAAUAACAUUGAGAAUUGUUGUGAAUUUGAGUUUA